UGUGAGGAUCUGACUGCUGUUAAGAACUGGGAAGUUUGAUAGGGACAAUUAGUAGCGGUUUUUAUGGCGGGGCAGUUACCAAUUUAAGCGCGGGGCUCUACGCAGUAAGAUACGUAGGUACGUACCUGUCUAUCAAACGCUUUUUCUAGAUGCGCUAGACGGAGUACAAAGUACAGUUGUAUAACGAUAAAAUUUACCACGCAAAAAAACUUCAGAAAUUUCAUAUAUUCAGAAUUAACUGCCCAAAAUGGCGGGAGAUGAUAUUACUGAGGAUAAAAAAGCAGCAGGAACCAUAGAUGCUUCGGAAAAGUCCUUUAAGCAUACAUCCAAUUCCGAUCUUCAUGUUGACAACUCAUUAGACAUCGUCACGACUGACGGUCCCGCACCUAAGAGACAAAAGCUUGACCAUGAAGAGGUGAAACAGGAAACCCGACAGUCACAACCGAAAGAAAGGGUUCGAGGCAUUGCGCCCGUCAAAGCCGAAUUCCUGGUCUCAUCGGAUGAACCACUUAAGAUCGUGGAUGAUGAUGCGGCAGAAGCUGGCACUGCUAUAGAUGACAGAGCCGGCGGCAAGUCAGAUCCUCGGGAUGGUGACAGCAAGAGAGGCAAGAACCGAAAGAAGCAAGGCGGUCAAAAUCAGAAUCGUAACUACGGCCACUUCGAAGAUGCUAUACGACUAUGCAAUAGCGUGACGUACAGCAACGAAUUCUCACCUAAGACAUGCAAAUUCGGCGAGAGAUGCAAUAUGUGCCAUGACCUACGCAAAUAUCUCAAGGAGGGCCGACGUGAAGACCUCGACACUCUAGAUGGCAAAUGUCCCGUUUUCGAGAAGUACGGUAGAUGCACUGCAGGGUGGAAGUGCCGGUUUGUGAAGAGCCACUCCGAAGAAAUAGAGAGAGAAGAUGGACGAAAAGAACUCGUUCUUCAAAACUCCGACGCUGUGGACACUAACGAAGACCCUGAUCAGAGACCAGGCGUCGUUAAUGUUGUAUCUACUGAUACCAAAUGGGAUUUAGCCAGGAGAAAGGUCAAUUUUGAGAAGUCUGAACCUUACAUCAAAUGGUUGGAAAAGGACACGGACAUCACGAGAAAAUUCCACCACGCCAAGGAUCAAGGAAGUGAGGAAGCAAAUGCUAUCAAUCGAGAAGAAAUCAGAGCUCAGUUUGUUGAUCCGCCGCUCAAGCCAUCAGAGAAGAGAAAGAUCUAUUUCGGAAAGGAGACACCGGUCCUUGCACCCUUGACUACACAAGGAAAUCUACCAUUUCGACGACUCUGUGUGGAACUUGGAGCUCAAGUCACGUAUUCAGAAAUGGCUAUGGGGAUGCCACUCGUCCAGGGGCAAAAGGGAGAAUGGGCACUUAUGAAGGCUCAUGAGUCCGAAAUUGCUCCCCCACGAUUCACCUCUGGUAGAGACACAGUGGUAAAGGGUUACGACAACGCGAAAGAUCUCAAGUUCGGUGCUCAGAUCUCGGGCAACCAGCCAUGGGUGGUGAUGAAGACAACUGAGGCUUUGACUCGAUUCCUUCCCCAUCUCCGAGUGGUCGAUCUGAAUUGUGGAUGUCCCAUCGAUUUGGUCUAUAAGGCGGGUGCUGGUUCCGGUCUUCUUGACACACCUAGCAAACUGGAGAAAAUGGUUCGAGGCAUGAAUGUCGUCUCCGGAGAAGUGCCUAUAACGGCUAAGCUACGAACUGGUGUCCGAGAUGAUAAAGCAACAGCGGACAAACUUAUUGAGAGGCUUGCCUUUGGCGGAUCCGAUACACGUAGUAGAUUAGGAGCACCGGGAUGCGCGGCAAUCACAUUACACGGACGAAGCAGACAACAGCGAUACACGAAAAGUGCUAACUGGUCCUACAUUGCUGAAUGCUCGGCCUUGAUUAAGUCGUAUAAGGACAAGAAGGACGAGCUGACGGACACUGCUAAUGAAGCAGAUCAGAGCACCCAGGCGAAUACCGCCGACGAAAAGAUUUACUUCAUCGGCAACGGUGAUUGCUAUUCUCACGUGGAAUAUUUCGACCAUAUCGACAAUGCCGGUGUUGAUUCAGUCAUGAUCGCGCGAGGCGCUAUGGUCAAACCAUGGCUCUUCGAAGAGAUCGAGAAGGGACAAUAUCUGGACAAGUCUGCGUCUGAACGACUAGGCUACAUUGAAAAGUUUGUACGUUACGGACUAGAAGCGUGGGGCUCGGAUGAGAUGGGAUUGGGUUUCACAAGACGAUUCUUAUUGGAGUGGUUAAGCUUCACACAUCGUUACGUGCCAAUUGGCAUUUUGGAGCAUCUACCUCCUAGUCUCAACGACCGGCCACCGAGAUACCAGGGACGGAACGAUCUCGAGACUCUUCUUGCCAGUGAUAACUAUAAAGACUGGCUGAAGAUUAGCGAGAUGUUCCUCGGCCCUGCUCAUCCGAGUUUCAAGUUUCAGCCGAAGCACAAGUCCAAUAGCUACGAGAUAGAGGCUGAGGGAUAAACAGGCAUUCUAUAUCUAGGGGCGAUGUACUUUUGUCAUCGUAUAACGUUGCAAUCGUUGACUUUGAGGACAGAUGUCUGUUCUAGUGUGUAGCUUUGCUGGUAGAUAGGUAGACACAAAACAUGGCAACGUAAAUAAUACGGUUGUGAAUGACUCAUUUGAUAUUAGUUUGGUGAAUGCGGCAUACACGCAGCCCCAAUGGCCUGAUAUUGCAAUAGGACAGAUCGCAGGAUCUUGUUAGGCCAGGCUGUCACGCGAUGGACGAUAGGGCCAGAGCUGUUACGCAGUUACAAUCGUUAUAGUAGGUAAAUCACUUCCAAUGAAUGAAUGGAAUAGAAUGAAGCAACGAAAGUAAUCUGUAU